ACAGAGUCUCCUGCUAGUUUUUACAAUGUUCAAAAGGAACAAGCCCUCUGCUACAGACAGAAAAAGGGAAUUAUUUGCCCAAGGAGCUACACAGUCCUUAUUGAAGAAUGACAUGAAAAAUUUUCAUUCUUUGUCACAACUUGUACUAUCUACUGGUGGAUUGAGAAAAACAGCAAGCAAACAUUCAAAAACUACUCAUUUUGAAAUAGAAAUCCUUGAUGCUCAAACCAGAAAGCAGAUAUGUAUUGUGGACAAGGUGUCUCCAACAUCUACACUCCGGGAUGUUAAACACAAAUUUCACAAAGCAUGUCCCCAGUGGUGCCCUUCUCGUAUUGGCCUUCAACUGGAACAUGGUGGGCCCUUUCUGAAGGAUUAUGUUAACAUUCAAAGUAUUGCAGCUUCUUCCAUUGUUACCUUAUAUUUCACAGAUCUAGGUCAGCAGGUCAGUUGGACAACAGUUUUUCUGGCUGAAUACACAGGACCUCUGCUAAUCUACCUCAUCUUUUACAUGCGGCUCACAUAUAUUUAUGAUGCAAAGGAAAGUUCUAGAAGAUUCCGCCAUCCAGUGGUACACUUGGCUUGUUUCUGCCACUGUUUACACUAUGCCCGCUACCUUCUAGAGACAUUGUUUGUUCAUAAACUGUCUGAAGAGCAUACACCUUUGAAAAAUUUGAUUAAGGGAUGUGCCUUUUACUGGGGAUUCACUUGUUGGAUUGCAUACUACAUUAAUCAUCCACGGUACACACCACCAUCAUUUGGAAACAGGCAAAUCACAGUUUCUGUCCUCAAUUUUCUGAUUUGUGAAGCUGGGAAUCAUUUUAUCAACGUAGUAUUAGCUCAUCCAAAUCACACAGGAAAUAAUGCCUGUUUCCCAAGUCCAACUUACAACCCUUUCACCUGGUUGUUUAUGUUUGUUUCCUGUCCCAACUAUACCUAUGAGAUUGGGUCAUGGAUUAGUUUCACAAUUAUGACACAAACCCUACCAGUUGGAAUUUUUGCACUCCUGUUGAGUAUCCAGAUGUCACUGUGGGCACAAAAGAAGCAUAAAAUUUAUCUGAAGAAAUUUGAUUCUUAUGUAUAUAGGAAAUCAGCAAUGAUUCCUUUCAUAUUGUAAAAGAGGGGAUAAUGUAGGAAAAUGAUUCUUUCAUGUUCACACUUUAAAUGUCUUUAUCAAAAAUUGGAAUCCCAAAAUCAAAUCAGAUAAAUAAAAAUAAAGAGUAAGAAGGGGAAUUACAGAAAGAGACCUCUCAAUUUUCCAGGGAAUUAUUUUCUAAACACAACUGAGUGGAAAAUGUGUUGUAAAGAGCCCUGACUCGGUCACCAAUCACCUGAAUGAUCUUGGGCAUUCCAUUUAAUUUUUCUGGGCCUUAAUAUAAGAAUCUAGAAUUCUAAGUUGUUUAACAUUAUUAUUUGCUUUGCACUAUUAACAGCAUGCAACAAUACGCAAUCUGGAGUCCAAUGUUGAAGAUUUUACUAGGUCAUUUUAGGGGGGGUUAAAAAUAUUUCAAUUAUACAAUUCCAAUUUAAUAGCUAGUAAUAGUAAAAUUAAGUCACAUUUUUGAGUUUAUGUGAUGGAUUAUUAAAUGCCAAAUUAUUAAAUUGUAAUAUAAAGAAUUUUUAAAAAUUAAAUUAUAUUAUAGGUGGAA